AUGACAGAGGUUGCCAAGAUCUCCCUGGUAGACACGGACGCCUCUUUUUACGAAGACGAGGCCCUGAAGACGAAUCAUCGCUAUGUCACCCUGAGCCACUGCUGGGGCGGUGUGCGGCCUUACAUCCUCAGCCCGACGACCGAGGAUGAGCUGAGGGACGGCGUCGAGAUCGAUAAGCUGCCCAGGACGUUUCAGGACGCGAUCCGGUUCGCCUCGCAGCUGCACAAGGUCGGCUGGGUCUGGAUCGACUCGCUGUGCAUUAUCCAGGACGGGCCAGAGCACGAAAAGGACUGGCUAGACGAGUCGGCAUGCAUGCAGAGUGUCUACAAGAAUGCGUAUCUCAACAUCUCGGCGACAGCUGCCCCGAACAGCUUUGCCGGGCUUCAUCAUGAGAGAGAGCCCAAGAAGGCCCUUGUGACUACUCUACCACAGCCUGCAGGCAUUCGACGAUGUGUCUUGAUCGAGGCGUCCUACUGGGACAAGCUCGUCACCCGUGCGCCCGUCAACACACGCGCGUGGGUUCUGCAGGAACGGCUCAUGGCCCCGCGAGUCUUGCACUUUUGCAGCGACCAGAUCGCAUGGGAGUGCUCCACGUUUGCAGCAGCAGAGGGUCACCCCGAGAGCAUUCCCAAAUACGGGCUACGAAACGACAGGAUCCAGCCAGAGAUCCCCGUCAAGGGCCUGGACCCGAUGAAGCAUGGCAAGCAGUUGCGACAAACGUAUUCAGGGCUGGACCUCACCAACGACAGAGACAAGCUCAUCGCCCUGUCUGGAAUUGCCGAGCAAAUGCACAUGCUGCUCUACCACCGACGUCCUCUCGAGUACGUGGCCGGCCUGUGGGAUCACUACUUUGAGAGCCAGCUGCUGUGG